GGGCCCCUCUGCAGGCUGCUGCUGGAAAUGCAGCGAAGAACGUUUAAUAGGAUACAGCCACUCUGCCUUGCCCUUCAGUAUUUAUUAGAGGGGCUUGGUGAACUUGACCUGUUUUCAGGGCUGCUCAGUGUGUAGCAACAGGAGCAUCAUAUGAUGGAGAAGUAAAAGGAGCUGAAGCUUAUGUGUUAAAAUGUAUAUGUGUACCUUGUCAGACCCUACUGUCGCCACUCAUGGAAAAGUGGCUGCCAAGUCCUGACUCUUGUUCACAUAUUGAGAAAUACAGACCCCAGACUGAGGGCUACCAACCCUGAAGCAAGUGGAGUCUGGGGAAGUGCUCCUAGUCCCAGGACGCUGUGGGAAGAGUCAAGAAAGCAGGAAGUGUUGGCAGGAAGCCAGAUGAGCCAAUAAAAACUGAAGGUGUGAUUUUUAAUUGGAAGCAGGACCUUUCAUUGUGUCAGCCGAGGAGAGCUGGACAGAUAUGAAUUAAGUCCGGAAGCAAAGCCUGGAGAAUCCAGUGACAUCCAUGCUUAGGGAAGGACUAAACCUUGGAACAACUGAUAUUUACACUGCCCAGUGAGGGGCAUGGUAGCAUUGAAUAUUCCUUACAUGGAAGAGAAUUUAUCAAACAUUCUAAUGGAAAAAUGCAACUUCAACUCUACUAAAGUCUUUUGAAUGGAGUCAUUCUGCUGAGUGAACAUAUUGUAGAAUCUUUACAAAGGGGAAUGGUCGAUGCUAAUGCAACGGGCACAGUAGUCAUACAAGUAAAAGGAAAUUCUUGAACAAUCAAACUGGUCAAUGGCUCUUAAGGAAGAGCACCAACCAAGGACCAAGCAAAUAUCAUUUCACCUCCCACCCACAGUGUCAGAGAUACCACACAGAGAAUCCCUCCUUUACAUCUCUCCUACACCGGAUAAUAACAUCAUAGGUGUUGGGCAGGAUGGAUUGGUUUCCAUCUGGACCAGAAACUUAAAACUGAAGAAGAGUCGGCUUAUACUUGAUGAAAACAAAGUAUUAAACAGAAAACUGAAAUGGAUUUUAGAUUCAACUUUAAUGCCUCAGUACAAUAAGUUGAUUAUAGGAACCUGUGACAGAGAGAUACGCCUAUAUGAACUUUCCAACUUUGAACCAUACUGUCAAAUCAUUGGCCUUGAAACAAUGCCUCUACACUUAGAUUACAGUGUUCGAGAGGAAGAUGAAUGCAUAAUUUUGUAUGGUGAUGAACAGGGCUCUGUUAACAUAAUCUUGAUCUCUUCCGUGGGAGAAACACUUAGGAAUUGGACAAAGUGUCCAGCUAUGGAGGAAAUCCCCAGUGUUUCCUUGGAGAACAUUAUUGAUAGUAGAAACAUCACCUUCAUUCGCUGGAAGGUUCAUAACGAUUGGGUGACCAAGAUCAAGUAUAUUCAUUCUAUAGAUUCCAUUAUAUCCAGUUCAAAUGAUGAUUAUACUGCAGUAGUUAUAGGCUGUGUCAGUGGAACUAAAGAUGUGCAGCAUCGUCUGAAGAUUCUGAUGGACUCGAAAAGUGUUCCAACCAGGUGCUCUCUGCCAGCUGGGUCUUCUCCUCCAAGGCGCUUUAACUGUGAUGAAUCCCAGUUCAAAGUGCCCAGAGGGGUCAAGGCCUUUGACUUCUGUAAAGAAAGUAAUAUUCUUGUGACUGGUGGUUUGGACCGGAAUAUUCGUCUAUGGAAUCCUUAUGUCCCUGGAUGGGCUAUUGGCUUACUGCGUGGACAUACUUCCCCAAUUGGCUUCCUGUGUAUAGCUGAUGGCAACACAAAGCUCUUCUCCGUCUCUAUGGACAGCACAGUCAUGGUGUGGGACAUUGAAGACCAGUCUUGCCUCCUCAGCGUGAUUCCCAAGGCCAGUCAGAUCAGAGGAGAGAUGGCAGUUUGUUACUUCUCAAAUGAGCUGAGAGCUCUCUACCUUGCAGCAGAUUGCCUUGUUCUCCUACACUUCCAAAAGAAGGAAGACCGGAUAAGUAAUUCUUGUGUAUCCCAUAAUGAGGCAAUCCUCUGCUGCCAAUAUAAUAAGCCAUUCCGGCAGGUGGUUAGUUGCUCGGAAGGAUCUGCUAUGAAAGUGUGGGAUCUUCAGAAUGGGCAACUGGUUACUGAAGUCUAUGGAGCUCAUGGAGAUGCUGCUGUGAUCUGUAUGGCCUUAGACACCAGUGGCAAGAGAUUGAUCACUGGAGGCAGAGAUGGAAGCCUGAAAACGUGGGAUUGUAGCACCAUGCGUUCUAUACACACCCUUAAGCAAGCAGCCACUUCGAGUGAUGAAGUCACCGCCUGCACAUAUGCUGAUAUUUACAGCAACAGGUACAUCAUUUCUGUUGGUUGGAACAGGAAGAUCAAUAUUUUCCCUGAUCUUCACAGUGAAACAUCUGAAGGGCCAUGCCCACAAAUGGAUUGGAUUGACAGAGCGGAAAAUGGUCACAAAGAUGAUGUGUUAUGUGUGUCCUUCUGCCCUCCAAAUCUCGUGGCCUCUUCUAGUUACGAUGGUGAAAUUCUCAUAUGGAAUCUCAUCUCAGGACAUGUUUGCAGCCACCUCAAUGCUAUAAGCAGCGCAGUAAUGGAGGAUGGGACAGAGGAUUUACUCAUCAACAAAGUCACAUUUCUCCAGUCAAGGACAGAAAGGAAGAUGACAGCAGCUUCUUUAGUGUCAAGUGGACCCAGAGGUUAUAUUACGUUUUGGAAUAUAUUUGGAGAAGGGAAGCUAUUUGCUUAUUUUGUUGGAUCCAAGAAGAGGUCUGCAAUCAGUGACAUAGCUGUCAGUGAUGAUGAUUGCCUUCUGUGUGCAGCUGACCAGCUGGGUUACAUCUAUAUUUGGAACAUCACAAUAUAUGCCCUUCAGGGACCAGAGGAGAAACCGCCAGCUUUGCUGCAGAGUUGGAGAGCUCACAGCUGCAGUGCUACAAGUGUCACCCUGGUGAGUGAAAACCAGCUGCUUCUCACCUCAUCCUUGGACUGCACAGUGAGGCUAUGGAGCCUAGAAGGGGAAUACAUAGGUACAUUUGGCCAAAAAGAUCUAUGGAACAUCAAGGAUAACACAUCGUGGAAGCCAGGCUCUAAUCUAGAUGGCCACAUUACUCCAACUAUGCGUGCUAGGCAGGUGUCAGCAGUAAAACCAAGCUGUGCCACAGGGAGGGAAGAUAAGGAAAGCAGCACAGAGCUUGACAGUCAGGUGGCUUCUCAUUCGAGCCUGAUAAAAGAUGACGAAAUUGCAGAAGAACUGACACAAAGGCAGACAGCAAAGUCAGAGCGCAGAGCACUUCAUUCUCAACUCAAAUCCAUUACACAAGAAACCAGAGUGCAACCGACUUAUCAUUCCCUCCAACUUUGUGAGUUAACCUAUGUACCACCAGCCGCCUUCCAUAAACGAAAUCCAACAGAAUGUGACGAUCCAGACAAUCUGACAUUCUAACAUGUCUUUUGGGAGUGUGUUUGAGGCAGAUGCCACUCACCUCUCAGUAUGGCAACGAACAAAAGGCAAGUUCUUCGCAAAGCAUCAUCUCGGUGUUUGAUUUUUUUUUUAAAUGACAAAUGUAACUAUGGGAAUUUUAGGCCUUUAUGCAGUUAAUUCAGUUCUUGUUACUCACCUGCUCUUGACUCCGAGUUGGUUUUAGUGAAGCAGCUGUGGCUUGCUUAGCAUGCGACCUCGGCUUCUUGACCUUCCAGCACAGCUUUAGACCAGGCAUUCUCAAUCUUCAUUGCAUUGCCACCCUCUUCUGACAACAAAAUUACUUCACAACCCUGGGAAGGGGGUCUCAAGCCUGACCCUCCCUCUCCCCUCCUCCCACUGUCCCAACACUCUGAGCAGGGCGCCAAAGCUAAAGGGCUUCAGUCCCAGGUAGGGGGCCUGCAAUUGGAGCUUUAGGCUUGGUGAUGGUUCUGUAAUAUCUGACUUAAAGUAGGUGGCCACUUAUUUUUAAACCUCUAGAUCUGAGAGUUGCCUUUUAAUACUAGUGAGCAGGUUUAAAACUAAUAAAAGAAAGUUCUUCACACAGCGUGUAGUCAUCCUGUGGAACUCCUUGCCAGAGGAGGCUGUGAAGGCUAGGACUAUAAUAGAGUU